AGCCAGGUGGCAUCGUGGUGGCCUGGGAAGCAUGCAGCUGUGGCACUGGGGGCCCUGAGGACUGUCUGGCUUGCAGGGAGGAAUGCUACGGUGGGCAGUGCACUUGGAAGGUGGGCCACGGAGGGUGAACCACGCAGCCGUGGCUGUUGGGCACAAGGUCUAUUCCUUUGGUGGAUACUGCUCUGGAGAAGACUAUGAGACUCUGCGACAGAUUGACGUCCACGUUUUUAACGCAGUGUCUCUGCGCUGGAUCAAGUUGCCUCCAGUGUGGACCAAUAGCCGAGACCACGUGAGGGAGGUGCCCUACAUGAGAUACGGGCACUCAGCAGUGCUCAUCGAUGACACCGUCUACAUAUGGGGUGGUCGCAACGACACGGAGGGAGCCUGCAAUGUGCUCUAUGCCUUCGAUGUCAACACGCACAAGUGGUUCACACCAAAGGUGUCUGGAAUGGUCCCAGGAGCACGAGAUGGGCACUCAGCUUGUGUCCUGGCAAAGAGCAUGUUUAUCUUCGGAGGCUAUGAACAGCUGGCUGACUGCUUUUCAAAUGAUAUCCAUAAACUGGACACCACAAACAUGACAUGGACGUUAAUCUCUGCCAAGGGUACUCCAGCUCGCUGGAGAGACUUCCACUCAGCUACCAUCAUUGGAACAAAGAUGUAUGUGUUUGGGGGCAGAGCUGAUCGUUUUGGGCCAUUUCACUCCAACAAUGAGAUCUACUGUAACCGCAUCAAAGUAUUUGAUACCGAAACAAACUCCUGGCUGGACUCUCCUCCAACUCCUGUGCUCCCUGAAGGCCGGCGGAGCCACUCAGCAUUCAGCUACAAUGGGGAGCUAUAUGUAUUUGGUGGCUACAAUGCACGCCUGAACAGACAUUUCCACGACCUCUGGAAAUUCAAUCCAGUUUCUCUUUCUUGGAGGAAGAUUGAACCCAAGGGGAAAGGCCCGUGUCCUCGACGCCGGCAGUGCUGCUGCAGAGUGGGGGACAAAAUCAUUCUCUUUGGAGGCACCAG